AUUCCGCAUUUUUCCAACUAUCUUAUCUUCACAACGUUUUCUGGGCUCCUUGCCCUGUAGUAGUAUUAAUAACCAAUCAAUAUUUCAGGAAUCUCACCACGAGCAGCAUCAAGAUGAAACUUGUACGGAUUACAAGAAAACUAAUAAUAUUCUCCUGUGCAUUUUUGGCAAUUCUGAUUUGUUUCAACGAGGCUUCAAAAGAGCCUAUACAUGAACACGAGGCCGAAAGAAAGACUGAGAACCUGAAACAAACUUUACCAUCCAAACACCUCCACUGGGAUAAUCAUCACUAUGGUAAUAAAAUGCUCCACCACCAACUGAAAGAGCAGAUUAGCAAGUUUUCUGUAGAGGACCAUGACCUGAAUUCCAAAGAUCAUAUUCCUCAUCCACUGAAACUAGCAAGAAAGAAAGAAAGUGAUGACUGUCUACCUAUGAUACUCAAAAAAGAAACCAAUCAUAUUUCUAGUGGACACUAUAGGUCUAAGCCAAAGGGAACAAGAGUGAACCUGGCAACCCAAAGCACCAAUACUACAAAAGGGACACACCACCAUUAUAACCAUUUCAAACAAAUGCAAAUUCAAGGUCAUCAUGUUGGUAAAAUCCAAAUUCCCAGAAGUAGAACCCUAUUUAAUAGUUUAAAAGGUUCCAGCAAUGGUCUUAGAAACAGAAAAAUAACCAUUCUUACGAAAACUGCAUCAGGGCGAAAACUUCCUAAAAGCAAAAUCAAGAAAUUGAAGAAGGUUGCUGAGAGAAAGAAAUUAAUACCAAAGUGGAAAGUACAGUCCAAAAAUGUGUAAACACGUCUUUGUCUUCCACCUAAUUUAGAUACCAGUAAAUUUAAGCACAUAGAAUUUUAAGAUAGACUUGACAACUGUUAGGAAACGAAUAGAACUGGUGUAAAAACUGAUAAAUUACUUGAUUUUUGGUAGUUAAUCAAAAUAUAUUAAGUUAAUACAAAACGCUGAUGCAUGUAAUAGCAUUUUGAUUUAUCAAUCUUUGUGAACUGUAGUUUUUUAAAUAUGCUAUAUCUCUCACAUUAUCAACCUGAAUGCAAAAAACGUGAAUAUAAAUGUAUAAAGACUAAAUACAUAUAAUUUCUUUAUUUUUUAUUAUUAACAUCAAAAACAUUUAAUAAUGUACAUAUAUAAUACAGAAAUUUAUAAAACAAAUGAAAAACUUUCUGUGCACACAAAAAUUAAGCUCUUGUAUUCAUUUAAUCUUCUUUAAAAAAAGGUUUAAAUUUUUGUGUUAUUUUGUUUUGCAAAUUUAUUCAGAGUAAAGGAACAAAUACGUGUAAAAGUAUUAUGAAAUAUAAAAUUUAAAUUAGUAAUUUUUAGUAGUGUUUGUUUGUUUAUUAUAGUGCAAAGCUAUGUAAUAGUCUAUCUGCACUUUGUCCACUAUGGGGAAUCAAAUCCCAUAUUUUAGAGUUAUAAGUCUGUAAGCUUACCACUGACCCACUGGAGAACUUAUAGUAAUAAAGGAUUAGAUUUGUGUAUGACUUGUACAAUGUACUAAUUUCUAUAAAAAAAAACUGUA